AUGGCUGAUCUUGUUCGUUUCCGGGGGUAUGUUUAUGAACUACUUUUAAUGUUAUUUGCUCAGGUCGCCGAAUAAUAUGAACCCAUGUCUCAACGGUCGAGUUUUGGACUUGUUUGCUCUUUACAAUGAGGUAAUUAGUCGUGGUGGCUCGAAAAAGGUACGCGUUGCUUUCACUUUACAAAGUUUAGGUAACGGCUUUAUCCCAAUGGGACGAGGUUGCGAGAUCUAUUGGCAUGAGAAAGGGGUGCGCAAAUGUCGGUCAUGCUCUAAAAUGCGUCUUUCAAAAUUAUUUGGAGAGCUUCGAGCGCCUCCAGCGCACGUUGGAUAGCCAAUCUUUUCAGGAGCACCUGUCUUUUCACGCCGAGACGGAAAACGCCGAAGCGUCCAAUUUGAGCCUGCAAGUUGUGGAGAACCACCUACGCAAUAGGUGGAACCUCAGCACUGAUCUUGUAGAGCCUGUUGAAUAUCGCUCACUUAUAUUGGCUUUAACUUCUGGGCUGCCAAACGAAGUGGACUAUGCCAUGAAUACUAUCUUGUUAAUGUCAUCCCAGUCUCCGGGUCUCGAGCUUAACCAAUGUCCUCAGAUGGUUCCCCUCCUCCUCUCCUCUGUAGGAAUCAUCUCGUGUGGUAAGUCAAAAGGUUACCUUUAUGUUCUUAGAUCCUGACUCUUACUCUGUGCUCUGGAAAUUCUGGAAGGCCCAAUGCUAUCGUAGCUUUGACCACGUAUGUUCCUCCUCCUCGUUGACAUGAACCCCUUUGUAGUUUUGGAGUACUACUAUGUGUGGUGAAUAUGAACGUGAAUUUCUAGAUCCGACCUCUUUUGCUGGUAAGUGUGAACCUCCUCGGUUCGACCCAAUGCACUUUUUUAUUCCCUUGCUUCAAAGUAUCGAUUAAAUUUUGUGUUCUCACUGCAACCUAAACUCCAUGGAGUCCAUACUUUGGUUCUAUCAUGCUUAUGAAAUUAGUGGUACCCUUACCUUUCGCGUAACCCGGGUCAUCGUAUGUGACUUGCUAUUCUCCGACAUUCGUUUGACUGGACGUGAGCAGACGGAGUUAAGUACAACAGACAGCUAGAUCUUGUCAUUGUUUGGCCACUGUGUGUGGAUACAACCUCGAUCACUGAACUAAGACCGUACCCCAUCGCCCAGCCAAGACAAAUCUGCUUGGCUGUUGGAGGGCGGAAGGCUAUUUAGGUAGCCAUGUGGACUAAUCAAAUUUUGGCACAGAAUGGUGCAACAGGAUAGUAGAAGAAAGGAUACUGUUAAUAGCCUUUGAAAUGUUACAGUAUCUAUUCCAGAAUGCUGCCAUCCUGCCUCUUCGAAUGUAUCCUAACCUUUAGUCCAGUCACUCCCUAUGCGAUUCAGAAUACUUCGAAUUAUCUCAGCAACGUCAGUGCACCCGGCCCAAAACAUGCACAGUAAGCAUGUGAAAAGCGUCUGUUAUUCUACCCAGGAUGUGUGAGGUACUCACGUUUUGGUAUUUGCGCUGUAGUCUUGUUCUUGUCACCGCUCAAUGCGAGGCACUGCUACUGAAUAACACUGGUAGUCUACGCCCAAUCGAAGAGAUUAAAGGCAAGAAUAACAUAGCCGCUACUUAUUCCUUCCGGUCUGUCUCUAGACGGCAUUUUUCGACAAGUCUUGUAGUUGUUUGUUGUCGGUAUAUUCUAUGCAUCUUUGGAACCUCCACCCUCCAUCUCGCAGGUAUAUUACCCACGUCUGUAUAUUGCCGGCAUGUUUAGUCAGCCAUGCCCAGGCACUGACCACUGCUCACCAGUCGUAUCAGAAUAUUUUUUCACAGUCACUCUCGACCACCUGACCGAUAUCACUGCUGUUGCCCCUCGCUUCCUUCGUGUUAGUGUACGUAGCCAAGCCCAAAUUUCUUAUGGCAGCUACUUUAGAGCCAGUGCGUGUCAUAGAUGAUUUUUUUAAUGCUUCCCUCCACCGUACAUAAUUAAUAGAUUGUGAUUUCCUCUAGUUAAUCAUUCUCCUCCUUCCUAAAGUUUUACGUGACAGGGUCUCCCUGUAAUUUUCUAUGAUUUCAUCUCAUGCAUUCGUUUCCGAUAGUAAAGCGUCCGAUCACCUCUUUAGAUGACCAGUUGAGAUCCGGCUCUUUGUCGGAUAUGCCGCCAGUUCUGGAACUUCAAGACACCAUGUCCUACUAUGACGUAGAGGGGUAUCGAGUGCAGUUGAUUGCGACUGUGUUUCGAAAUCUCGUCGUCAAUUCGACUGUCAACUCUGCCAUCUUGGGACAGGAUCCCAAUGUCCUUCGUUUCGUUUGCCUUUGCAUUUACUCCAGACACAACUCUUUGCAUCAACUUGGCCUAGACAUUAUGUCUUUCCUUCAUUUCCCGGUAGUCGGGGCUCUUGUUCCGGUCCUCAAGCGCCUUCUUGACGAGCUCCUGAACAGCCCUGAUAGGGUUGACGUCGCCAGAGGUAUGUCAUCGUUGUUUGCUCUCUAAUAGCUUGUUUUGUUCUAGGACUACGAAUACUUCGGCAUUUAUGUGAAUCUCCACUAUCGUCCCAACAGGAAGUUAUUUCAGGUCUGGGGACGGUUCGUCGUUCCUACGUCAUCGGCACAUCCUCUAGGAACUUCUCUUUCCUCGUAACGCUUCCUACGUCAAUAUACUCUGCGUUAAUGCGCAUAAUUUACCUACGAGAUUUACAUCUUCUCAUCCUUGCACUAGACGCAGUCUUUGCGCUUUCUAGUCAGGGUCCCCUUUUGUGCAAGUUGCUAUUGGGCCAGGCCGACAACGAAGCCUCCGUUCUCGACACCCUAAUCUCGCACCUCACUUUUGAACCUCAAUCAUUUGGCUCCGAAAGUCUCAUUCGCAUGCGCGUCAUGCAGGUUCCUGGCAUGUCGCUGCCACCUACGACUUCAGCCAUCAAAACAACGGCUUCUCGACUAAAAGAGUAUUUGCCAGAAUCAAGCAAGCCUACAAAGUUUGUACCCACUAGUGACCUCACUUCGGGUCUUCUGCUUGCGCCCUUGCCGCAACCUCCCGCCGGGUGUUUUGCCGUCCCUGUCUCCAUCGCCAAGCCUGUCCGAACUGCAGGAAUUACCAAUGAAUCAGAAACUCCCUCUGCAGUCCCAAAGGUUUGCUGAUUUCUAACUCAGAGCCAUUAUCGAAUGUUUUUUGUCUCUUCUUGACUACCUGACCCCUUCCCUAUACUCAGUUUAGUGAACUUUGGUCCUUCAAUCUCAGCUAUGUACACUAGUCUUAAGUCAGUCGAGUCUUGUCCUAUGUCCUUUAGGACUCCUUAUUCUGGCAUUAGGAUUGACAUCAAGUCGUGGAGUCACUUUAUGUGUCUCCUUUUUACAUAAAUAAACCAAUGUAACUUUCAUGAGUCUGAUGGCUACUUACAACGGUUUAAGGUAGCACUUACACUUCAUUUAAUCUUCGUUUGUGAGUGUAAUUUAAGUCGAUUAGUCGGCACAGAUACUCCGGUAAGUUGAUAUAAGGCUAGCAAGAUAUCUACUGACACUCGCUCAUUCGACCGAGAUCCAAGUCCCGAUUUAUUUCAACUUUUAACUUCUUGUCCUGGUGCACAACGCAACCAUCUAGCUAUAAAUGAUGCAUGUCUGGGUAGUCAUUUUACGCUUUGUAAUAGAUCCUAACACCCCUUGUCCUCUCUCUGUGCAUAAAACCGCUCCUAGCUCUCCAGGAAAUUGCAACGUUUAGAGUAUGAUUCUCUUUGCCAGCAUAGUUCCUCGAGUCUCACGUGCGAUCUUCGCGUUAGCCUUUGCUAAGUGGCCGUUUAUCGAGGCUCUGGUAACUUGACAGUUUUGUUACUUUUGCCGAUUGUCGCGCUAGUUUGGUUUUCAUGUUAAUGGUCUUUUCGAUUGUGGUUAGACUUUUCAUCCUAACAACCGCUUUUUAAUAGAAAUCAAACGCUGCUCCAAAGGUCGUUCUGCCUCCCACAACCCAAUGGACCAACCCCUCCACUGUAGUCGCAAGUGUCACUUCACCUCCGCAGUCGUCUAUUGUAGUAACCUGUCAGGCUUCAUCACUUGUUGCUCCCGUCGUGUGUUAUACAUCCGAACCUACCUCCGCUCUCGUGACAACACAUCACACUGUGCUUGCAUCCCAGGCCAAAGUCUCUAGACCUACGCCGCCCCCACUUGCCGAGCCGUCUGCUGUUGCGGUUAACGGCAAACCCCAAACUGCUUCAAAUAAGUCAUGCGAGACCAAAGGCGCCAAAGCUCCGGCCACAUCGGGUCCCAUUUAUCUGGACGCCCCGAAAGACAGACGAGAGUUUGCCAUGUUUUGGUUAAACAAGAACUAUCAAGUCCAUCCUCAGUCGAGUUUCCCUCGUGUCCAGAUCUACGCCGACUACCAGAAAGCGCACCAACAGAACAUGAUCCCUGGGAGUGCUCUGUCAGCUGGUGAAUUCCAUAUAGUGAUAAAGUAUGUUCUUUUGUCAUGUUCCUGUUUUUAUAUUACGUUCUUCGUUAGCAAUAUAUGCGUAGGUUUCUACAUGUGUUUGCGUUUAAGCCCCGAUGGCUGGUACGCAUACCAUUACCAAGGUGCCCUUGGUAUAUUAACCACUGUGGCGUCACAGACGAAAUAUCAUAGUAGGCAGUACACUGCAGCUGAGGUGAGUGUCCGAUAGACGACCCGAACGUUUCGUAAGCAAUAAAUUUUCCCGUGUGAUAAACCGAGGCAGAGGUCAAUGCCGAUACUGAGUCAGGGCGCGUGGUGCGCGGGAUCCGAUCUUGCCAACAAAUUCAGACGACAUACAUAGUGUAUGGUUUGUCCAAAACACGAUUCGUUUAUGUCCGCGUUCAUAAAAAAAAUACGGUGUCGAUAACCACUGUAGACGCGGAGUUCUAUAUGAAUGCCCAUAUCCCCUCAGCCCCACGGAUUCCUGUGCCCAAUAAAUAACUGAUUUUGCCUUACCGUUGUUCUGCGGAGUUCACUUGCAGUUUGGUGUCUGGGAUGACGGCAUGUGCCUGCUAUUUUUUGUAUGAAUAAACGCACUUUCCCUUACAAUCAUGCGCUAUGAAUCGUUCGUGUUUUCUGAUUUGACUUCCAUGAUAGACUGGCUUUUGCGCGUCAACUCAAGCCAUAGCAUUCCAUUGAUCAAAGGAGUACUAUGUCAGCAGGAAUCUUCAUGCUUAAUGUCGAUUACGAAUAGCAAGUUAUGGACUUGUUUCAGUGUCAAGGAGUAAGAAUCUUUUGUAAGAUACGGCCCUGGCCCGGCCAAGAUUCUUUUGUUUAUGUGCCUGAUAUCUGCGCAGUUCAGCAUGUUUCCGCAUUUCAUGAGAUUUCUUAGGGGCCAGACAAUAUGCGAUAGAUUGCCAUUUCCAAUACCUCUUUCCUUGUCCGACGUUCACUAAACGAUGUAAUUUGGCAGGGGGCUUGAGGUAGCAUAUACACUGGUUCAACGGGUGGUUGUUUUGACUCCUAGCCAUCUGGUUUCUGGUAGCCCCCAAAAUUCUCGUGGAACGCGGCGUAAGUGCCCACAGGUCCGGAGUUCUCCGAGUGUUUUGAUAACUCGGGAAACAUUUUGGUAGAUCUGUUGCUCUCUUAGUUUAUUCUUAUCUAGUCAGGAUCGGGAGUUGUCUUUGUCACUUUUCUGUCUUUCUUUGCACUGGUUUGGUUCGCAUUUAAGCCCUUGCAGUUUUUUCCUCUAUGUUCUACCCUUCGUUCCCACACUGCCAGCUCUUUUGUACUAACGUGAGACAACCUUUCCACAAAAUAAUCCUCUACGCUGUUUUUCUGCCCAAAGCUAUUUUAGCACCAUGCCUUGCACACACUCGCCUCUCAGUAUGCAUUUAUUCCGUUUCUUUUGACAGAUCAAUGUUUCCCCUUGUGGAUCAAGUGAAGGUUCUUGUUCCCAACGGAAACGUAGAAAUUCAUUACAACAAGUUGAAGCACGUAGACGCUCCAGAACCUCUGGAACAGGCGCUAGGUGCGUUCUAUCAUACCUUCUGUUUUCAGUAAAUAGAAGCCAGUGAUGUUCGGUCUGAAAUCUCCCAUCGCCCAGCUAGACCGUUAUCUACAUUGUUUUGCUUUUUCUGUUGGCCAAACCCCGACAGAAGGUUUUCAUGAGCCUAUGCUUGCUUUCGACCGGCUACGCACCCUCUAGUUAUUUCGACGCUCCCAAACCACAUGGUUUUUUUCUUAUCUUCCAACCAGGUGUGCAGCACAUUAUCGCCCCCUUCUUGACCGGCCAGCAUGCAGAUACAAACGCCACAAAGAACAUAUCAUCAAAAUCUACCUCUAACUCGAAGGUGUGUUGUCUUUUUUAACUUCCCUUUUAAAAUGGGCGACAUUUAAUGCAGCUAGUAAAAAGCCACCAAAUUAUGAACACAUUUUGCGCCGAAUUAGCAACUGUAGUUCGGUGGGCUUGUAAUUUUCAUAAUUCCACACUUUCCCAUCUGUGACUGGUCUAUCGACUCGGAACACUGAGCACCGUUACUGUGUAUUUAUCACUGCCCUGCGCUCUUGUCGAUCUUGCCUCUAAGCUCAUCCGGUUGGGACAUCUGCCCUACUUUAAGAACUACUAGUAGGUUUUCUCGCUAAAAAGUUGUCUUCCUACUCCAGUACUCGUCGCAACCACAGCGUUGUCGCGCCUGGGCGCAAGCCGCUCAAUCAGCUGUUUGCCUAACGUAGCCAAACGCGCUUACACGUGUUUGGCGCGACGACGCACGCGAUACCAGUCGCAUUCCGGGGGACAUGACGUCACCAGCCAUGACUGCCAAGGUCAGCCACACGCGUACACACCCAACUCGCGCGUGCGUUCAUGUUCCUACGCCCGCGGACCACGUGACCUUCGCGCGUAGUUGCGCUUUUUUUAGCCAUGACCUUGAGGGUGUGUGUCGGGACCGGGGUUGUUGGCGUCGGCACUUGGGUUACGGUGACGCUUAAAUUAACCGUUCCUUUUUGUGAUUGGACACCACGUCAACGUGACCUCUCGAACUUCCAGUCGUGCGCUCGAGUGGUGUCCUCCAAGUCCGGUAAUACCCUUCGACUUUGUCCUGUUACCCACACGUGUCUGUUUAAUGCAGAGCUCUCCCUCGUCUACCACUUCCAUGUCGUGCCUGUCCUCUAAUUCUAUUAAUUGCGUCAAACGGUCACUAGAUUUCUUUUAGGCUAUUUCAACGACCUUCCGUACUUGCACGUUUGAAGACUUUGAUUCUGAGGGGUUAAAGUGGUCCUGUAAUGCAAGGCCAACUGCGCCAAGCGCGAUAAUUUUCUAUCGUACUUUUCCCGUUGAAGACUCGAGAGUAAUGUUGGGCCGGUCUAUUGUUCAACGACAACGCCAGAAGUGCGCUUGAGACCGGUGUUUGUCAAGCCGGCCCAGUCUUUUGUUGAACACCUCGACACCAUUGCCAUCCAGGUUCCUGUUAGUGUGAGAUAAUACCGGGGCGACACAUGACCAACUAACCGGCUGCUUUCCUGACUGGUUCACUGAGACGCGAUUGGGGAGUGGAUCGCAAUCAACGUCGAUCGAACUAUUCUGGGUGCCCGAUAACCAGAGUACACAGACCAUGCCCUGCCUUUGCAUAAGACCGCUGUCUUGGUGAAGACCUCUUGCGCUCUGUGCCGGAUUUAGUCCCCGAUUUGGCUUCGCUAUGUAAGACCAGGGCCAUAUGCACUUUUUUGAUCCUGUGCCGCAGCUGUCUGGCACCAAGUUCGACCAGGAUACCAAGUGUUCGAUAACCCAAGUUUCACUGUCCACCGUGACUGGACGGUUACCGCCAACCGCAAAGCCCAAGGCGAUCUUAAUUGUAAUUAAUUUAUUCUUGAGGUAUGGUGAAUAAAAGAAAAUAGGGUACUAGGAGAUGAACAGUUUAACCGCUCCCGGCUGGAAUCCGCGAUGAUUCUUCCCUGUGUUUAGCUGCACAACUAGAAGACCGUAUUGUCUGUCACACAGUAUCGCUUCACUGCGUCUGUAGACCUCCAUUCCUGGAGCAUGCUUUUUGUUUGUUGCCUUUGAUAUCGCACCGGGGAUAUCUGCGGUGGUAAACUUCAGCUCUGAUGCGUCCUCGAAUCCCGACGGUCUUCCCAUAUUCCAUCGACAAAAGCUCGGUUGAGGUCUUGACAGUCUUACUCCUGAAUCAGUCGUCGUGGCCUGCAUCCUCCACGCUAUCACAGCAUAAACGGGCAAAAUUGGGAGAGCUGUCGGAUAGGGGCCGAGGUUGCAGGUUUUUGGGAUGUGAGCGAACAUCAGACCAGUAAGACUGGUUCAAAAAUGGUCCUAAGUAAAGGCGAAGUGAUUUCAAUGCCGCCCAAGAGUAGCGGGCUUGGACUCGAGUUUCGCAUCCGCUCAACCGAACCAUCCAUUUACUGUACGCCGUAGUGAAACCAUUGGUAUGGGUAAACUGGCGUUUUCUGCAUGUUGUUGGUGAAAUCUUGUGGGCUGAAAUUGGGUGUGGUAUCCGAACGAGUCUGAGGUGGGAUUCUUUUGAGAUUCCUUUUGACCCACAGUAACUCCUUUCCGAGCUAAUUAUUUCGUAGUGGUCUACAGGCGUUAGCCUUCUGUUGAUCACUUCUCUGAACACCCACUGUCUGCUGCCACUAUCGCCAUAUCGGACAGCUUUUCGCACGUCAGUCCCCGAAAAACGCUGCAACCUUUUUAGCUACCAGCUUUGACGCCAAGUUCAGUAAUUUGAGUGUCAAGUGGACAGUUGUCUCCUGGCUUGUUGGCCGUUUCAUUAAGUUCGUCACAGAAGUCAUUUUUCUGUUCCGGCGCACACUGUAACCUCAACACCACAAUGACAGUACUGUCCUACUCAGGACGCCGGUUUCCAUUGCACAAGUGAAACUUUAGUCUAAGAACCCUGAACGAUUGCGGUAGCAUGACGUCAAGUGUCGUCACUUAACACCCCUGAUGCAGACGUGAAGACGUUCUUCAUCAUCUGACACUCAUGCGGCGCAGUCCGUCAUUUGGCAGCCUCUGGAUCGUACUAAGCCACUUCCAGUAUGGUCAGGCAUUGCCUUGUCUCUCCUCUUGGACACCAGUCUUCGAUAAGAACAUAUUGGAUGCUUUUUCACUCCUCUGUGGGCAGGUUUCCGACCAUCCUCAUUGUACGAAAGCGCUUUACGCCGUUUAAUAACCAAACAAGCUAGUUUCACGCCAAUGCCAGUUAAGACCUCUUGAGGUUGCGCUCUCCUAUCCACCCCGGUAUCCACAAGGAAAUGAUUUACUAGGCACUGCACUAAGCGUCGUGGCUUGCGAACUUGCCAACUGAUGGGGUAGUUCGGUCCUCAUGGGAGUAUUUUGGAGUGACUAGACGACUGACGGUUAGACUGCAAUAACUCGUUAAUGUGGCCUUUUUUGGCACUCGCCCGUGUGAAAUCCGGACUGCCCUCGCAAAGCCUGGCACAUGCUCUGGGCGCCAGAUCGUAGACGGCUUGUUUGUCUUUGUCAGCCACUGCACCCGAGCCCUCCUCCGGUCGUCUUGACUUAGUUCCGUCAUUGGAACCACGCGGGUGAGGGAGGAAGCGGCGCGGCAGAUGCAGUGAAAGUCUGCCUUUAUAAGAUAAUUCACACGCAGUUCAUAGGUUCUGCGCCCGCCAUGCUGUGGGGUACGCGUUAGAAGUCGUCACUUGCGACGGUUGAAUUAUCAUUAGGCACUGAAAUCCUUACUAUUUUCACAGAGUUCCUUUAAGCUCGGAAUAGUUUACUUCAUGCCCAUGUUGAUGGGACACAGUGUGUUAUGCGGUAGCCAUGUGGCCAGACGUAGCCUUCAUGCACCCGAAAUAGCAGUUCAGGGGGACGAUUUCGUUGGCGCGUUUCACGUUUGUCUAAUUAUUGCACAGCCCCGCGUGUGUCGUCAAGGAUGCUAGGCAUAACGUUUGUAGUCCCUUCCGUCACGAACAACUAUUUUCACACUUAGAUGCCACACUGACCAGGUCCCUUGUUUUUGAAACUCAGGUGAAUAAAAAACGAAAUCACAAUUCUGACCCAGUUGUACCGUCGUCAGAACCAAAGCAGGCCCGUCUGAUAGAUGAAGGUAUUGCUAACAGAACUAGUCCCAGUCCAAACUCCCCACUUGUCAACGGCCAACCAACAAAACUACUGGCGCUUCCCAACGGAAUGAUUGAACUACCUACCAAGUUAGUUUUUCUUUUUCGCUUGACGUUUCCCUGCCGAUCCCCAAGUGAGUGCAAUAUUGUAUUGCGACAGUAACACUUCAAUAAAUGCCUAAACUAUCGUCGGUUCCUCUAGGCUGAUGUUCAUUUUCUAGCUUUACUAGACGAUGAAGCAAGUAUUCUGUUAUCUGGCACUGACUUCAUUUGAAUUUACGAGUUGUCGAAUUAUAUGUUAAGAAGAGAAGCUCAACAUCGUGGGCGCUAACAGAAAGCCCGUAGACCAUCAGGAAGUUUUAUUGCAGUCAAACCGUGCUCCCUUCUUGAUGGGGGAAAGUAUGCCUUGUGCUAUCACCAGGUGGUCUGAACACACAAGUCCGGUUUAUCUGCCUAGAUUCCAUUCUGCCAGUCGGUGUUUUUAGGAUUUAUGACGUGAUUCGUAUUCGCACUACACACUAGUAUUUUGCCUCAGCAUUCCUCGGAUUUUAAACAGUGAAGUAUGUACAGUAAUAAUUUCCCUUUCAGUGGUGGCCUCCAUCAGCACAUGGGUACUGCACCAGCGCUAGUGAUAUCACGUUUGGAAGGUCUACCGAAACGAGCUAAUGGAAUUUCAGUAAACAACGGGAUUAUUGAGCACCAGCACAUUGCCCCUGCUUCUCUCAACGCAGUGCCAAAAUCUGCUCAGGCACCUGUCACCUUGAGCUCCCCGAUUGCCGCUGUUCAGCCGGCCCCAGCGCAUCUAGUCGAAGCCUCCUCCCCCGCUGGCCCGUCGCCCCAACAACCCCACCUACUCCAAUUUCGCACCCUGAUUCCCCCCGCUCCUCUUUGCCCACUGACUCAACGGACUGCGACCCAUUCCAUUUCACUGACCUCAAGGCCAGUGCUGUGUGCCAGCAGUCAAAGCAGCACCUGCCAUCGCCACCAACCUUAUCAGCAACAACAGCAACAUGUUCAGAGGCCUCCAUCGCUCAUUGUACAGUCCGCUGAUACCAUAACCGUGUCUUCACAUCAUCCUCAUCAACCACAAACGGUCCCACAAACACUUACCUGUCUAGGCACCCUUGUGACGGCACCAAACAGUACAACCAGUCAUCAGGUCUUUGUCUACUCUCUUGCCACGCCGUCUGUUAUUCCGAUUUCAGUACCAACAGCAGCGCCCCCGACCCAGCACCAGUUGCCCGCCACGAUCAGCCAGCCUGCACAACUGCCCCCCGUGUCGACAACACCGACCCCACCUAUUGCUCCUUCCCCAUCUGGUGGUGUACUCCAUUUCUGUCGGUGGGGCGGUUGUGCCAAGAGUUUCACGUCUGCCGACCACCUCUUCUCCCACGUCUACUCUGCUCACUUUCUUCCUAUUCGUGGGCAGGAGUCCGUGAGUCCUUUGUGUGCUGUUGUUUCCUUUUAA